AUGAGUGGAAAAUCAAUUUAUUCGGGAGAAAUUGAGGAUGGCUGUUUUCAUGGCAAAGGAACCAUGAUCUAUGCCAAUCAAGAGAAAUAUGAAGGAGAUUGGGUGAAAGGAAAAAAGCAUGGUGUAGGAGCCUUUACCUAUUCCGAUGGUUCUUAUUAUGAAGGCGAAUGGAUAAAUGAUCAAAUUAAUGGAAAAGGAACAUUCCUCUACGCCAAUGGAAAUCGAUAUGUUGGAGAGUGGGCCGAUUCAGUAAUUAGUGGACGAGGCGUUCUGUACUAUUCCGAUGGUGAUCGAUAUGAUGGAGAAUUUAAGGAAGGAAGAAUGAAUGGUGAGGGAAUUUAUUGUUAUGCUGAGGGAGAUCGAUAUGAAGGAUCGUUUGUGGAUGAUCAAAGACAUGGAAAGGGAAUAAUGAGUUAUGCUGGAGAGAAUGGAUCAAUCUUUGAACGAUAUGAAGGCGAUUGGGCAUUUGGUAAAAUGGAAGGCAUUGGAAAGUACCUAUAUAGUGAUGGAAGUAUUUACGAGGGAGAGUGGAAAGAUGGCAAAAUGAAUGGACAGGGUCUAUAUAAAUUUCAAAAUGGUAAUAGAUAUGAAGGCGAGUUUGUUAAUGAUCAAAAGCAUGGUAAGGGUAUUCUGAGGUAUGCCAAUGGAGAGGUCUAUGAAGGAAGCUGGAAAACUGAUAAGCCACAUGGAAUGGGUACACUGACCUACUCUCACGGUGACAAGUAUGUUGGAGAAUUUGUCAAUGCCAAGAAACAUGGAAAGGGAUCACUGGUCUAUAGAAAUGGUGACAUUUAUGAUGGAGAGUGGAAGAAUGAUCAUGCCAAUGGUUAUGGGGUUUUGGAGUAUGCCAAUGGAUCGAGCUACGAGGGAAACUUUGUGGAUGAUAAGAAACAUGGUCAGGCAAUUGUUAGAAGUUCAGAUGGAAGUAUUUUUGAGGGAACGUACGAGAAUGGAAGAAAGGAAGGAGAAGGUGUUUUAACAUUGCAAGAUGGAUCUGUAUAUAAGGGUGUUUGGAAAGAUGGUCUAAUUGUUGGUAUGGGUUAUUUUAUACCUUCAGCUCAAUCAAUUUGGAGUAGUCCAGAUGUGUAG